AUGCAAGUGCACCAACCGCUCUUAUCGUCAACAUGGUUUCCCCAGCACCAACGAACCACUGCCACUGCAAUAUCAACUGUCGCUGCAUAUAUAGGAUUCUCCCUGUCUUUUCUUAUUGGACCUGCCUUUGUCGACGAUGUGAAAGAUUCGAAUGCUGUAAAAAUUGGUGAUAAUUACAGACUAAACACAACUGAAGAGAAAAAAUACGAAAAGCAAAUUAAUACUUUACUAUACUUCGAGGCUUCAGUACAGACAAUUUUAUUCUUUGUCAUAUUAGCAUAUUAUCCAUCCAAGCCACCAAAGCCUCCGAGUUUUCAGCGUCCACAGAUCGUGUUGAUUUUAAAGACGCCUCAGUGGAUUUUUGUCAACGGAACAAUACCAUUGUUCUUUGAGUUGGGAGUUGAGUUGACAUAUCCGGUUGCAGAGGGUAUUACUUCCGGUGCUAUGACGUUCUUUAACAAUUCGUGGCGUCGCUAUUUCUUCUUCUUCCAUUGGGAAAUAUUGGUAAAAUGGAUGCUGUGGGCUACAGGAACUUGUGCUGUAUCGACUGUACUUCUACUUUUAUAA